AUGAAUAGCACAGGUUCUUCUGACUCAAAUGGAUCCAAAAAUUAUUUUGUAAACUUCAACCAGGAUAGCACAUCUUUAGCAGUGGGCAGCAGAACAGGUUAUCGUCUUUACUCUCUCAGCGGUGUCGACACACUCGAACAAAUAUACAGCAAUGGCACCGAGGACACGUGCCUUGUCGAAAGGCUGUUCAGCAGUAGUUUGGUCGCGGUGGUCUCUCUGGCUGCCCCCAGAAAGCUGAAGGUGUGCCAUUUCAAGAAAGGGACGGAAAUUUGUAAUUAUUCGUAUUCCAACACUAUUUUGGCCGUCAAACUUAACAGAGCUCGACUUGUAGUCUGUCUCGAAGAGAGUUUGUAUAUCCAUAACAUUAGAGAUAUGAAAGUUCUUCAUACGAUUAGGGAUACACCUCCGAAUCCUUUAGGUCUUUGUGCUUUAAGUAUAACCUCUGAUAACUGUUUUAUAGCUUAUCCGGGAUCUUCGAUUAUCGGUGAAGUACAGAUUUUCGAUGCUAUUAAUUUGCACGCGAAAACAAUGAUCCACGCCCACGACAGCCCUUUAGCUGCCUUGGCGUUCAGCCCGAAUGGUACCCGUAUAGCUACGGCGUCAGAGAAAGGAACUGUGAUCCGAGUGUUUUCUGUAAUAGACGCUUCAAAAUUGUACGAAUUCAGGAGAGGAGUGAAACGCUGCGUUGCCAUAUCGUGUAUAGCGUUCAGUUUGUGCGGCCAAUUCUUGAGCUGUAGCAGUAAUACGGAAACUGUACAUAUAUUUAAAUUAGAAGAACCAAAGGAUAGUCCCAGACGGAGCGUAGAAGAAAGCAGUUGGAUGGGAUAUUUGACGACUUACCUUCCCACACAAGUGACGGACGUUUUUACCCAAGGUAGAGCUUUCGCCACAGCGCACUUACCUUUCUACGGUGUCAAGAAUGUGAUUUCGAUAGCAACAAUCCAGCAGCAGCUGAGACUGCUAGUAGCGACGGAAGACGGUACUCUGUACGUCUACAACAUCGAUCCCAGCGAAGGAGGCGACCUGAUUCUGUACAAGGAGCACCGAUUGGACGGCACCCCGGAGAACCCAGGCAAAUCCUCUGACAAAACUGACAGAGGAAAAACAUCGUCGCCGCAAAACAUCGACGGAGGCAUACUAGGUAGCUACGCUGGCAUCGUCAAAGGCAAUCCAUCCGGCCAAAUGUCAGGUACUGAGUCAGAAAAAUUCCGAGAGAUGGCAGCAGCUACGGAAUCACCGCCCAAAGGCGCGUUUCAGUUCACCGACGACCAGGAAUAUCCCCCGCUAACCCAGAACUCAGACUGA